UGCCGCCUGCGCUUGAACAAUACGCUGUCGUUUUAUCGGAGGACUUGUAUUAGUGACAAUACCGCUUAGGGUUUGCUUUCCCUGAUCAGAUCCAUCCGGCAGAUUGAAAUCUGAAUUCGAUCAGUCUAAGGUUAAUAAGAGCGCCUCCAAUUCCUCUUGCAUACGUAUAGUUUCUGAACCAUGAAGAGGGCUAUGCCAUGGGAUGAUGAUGAAGAAGAUGACUCAUCAUCAUCUGAUGAAUCAUCAGACUCGGGAUCAAAUGGAGGAACAAAAAAGAACACUUGUAAGAAAAGCAUUACAUCUAAAGAAAAAGCAUCUGAAGGUGGUGGUUCUGGGAGACGUGGAAACAAGGUGUUGAACUUUGAAGCAUUGAGUCGAUAUGGGUACAAAGGUGGACUAUCAGUUUUGAGUGUUCCUCCUCCAAAAGAGGCAGAAAAACAAAGAGAUUGGUCUUGGUCUGAUGGUAAGGAAAGACGAGCUGCUGGUAGGGAGAAUGAGGAGGAAACUUACGAAGAAAGGGAGAAAACUAGAACUACUCUUGCACGUGCAGAGCUGUUAGCAAAUGUAGAAACUCCAAGUGAAAGAAGGAACCGUUCCUUCGCGCAGAAGGAGAAAAGGAAGAGGGAUCUUGGUCAAGCUAGCCGGGGAAAGAGUUAUGUGGAAGAGGAGAAGAGACUGUUAAGAGAAAAUGGUGUCUAUUCCGGCUUUGAUGCCUGAUAAUAAUAGACCAGUCCCCAGAAUCAGGUAAAUUUCAGGACUAGUGUUCAAACAGUUUGUUAAAUUCAGCAUACCUUUCAUGUCUUAUCUUGACAACAAUGUGUUUAAAGAGAUUUAUAAAGUGAUUACUGUGUUUGAGCUCCCUCAUUAAUAUAUAAUCAAGUAUAGCAAAAACUUGUCAAUUCCUUUUCAAAA